UGUGGCCUCUGUGCAUGCGUGAUGUUUACUACAGUAUCUUAAAUUAAUUUAAUUCGUUCACUUGUACGACUUUCUAGUUGUGUUGUGUUCUUCUUGUGUCGGUCUUGGAAAUACUCUGAUUCACACUGUACAUGAUGAGAAUUUAUCAAUCCUUAUUUAAUGCUGCUAAAUUUAGGAGUGUGUUUGACUUUGGUGAGCGCGAUGUGACGCACUGGUUCCCCAGACAUAUGGCUAAAGGACUCAAGCAGAUGAGAGCAAAUCUAAGAAACGUUGACUGCAUUAUUGAGAUCCACGAUGCUAGAAUACCCUUUUCAGGAAGAAAUUCCUUGUUUCAAGAGAGUCUUGACGUCCGGCCACACUUACUUGUACUGAACAAGAUGGAUGUGGCAGACACAUCGAAAAAGCAGAGUAUUCUGAAGCAGUUUGAGAGAGAGGGUGUGAAAAAUGUUUUAUUUACAGACUGUUUAAGACAACAAGAUGAGAAUGUAAAAAAGCAUCCUGUCAGUCGCUGUCUGAUGUUCCAGAUUGUUCCUCUCGUGACGAAGCUGAUAGAAAGUGCAUCACGUUUUCACAGGGAAGAGGAAAGAAGUUACUGCCUGAUGGUCAUCGGUGUGCCAAAUGUGGGCAAAUCAUCACUGAUUAAUGCUUUAAGGAGGACAUAUUUGAAAAAAGGCAAAGCUUCAAAAGUCGGAGCUGAACCAGGCAUUACAAAGGCUGUCCUGACUAAAAUUCAGGUCUGUGACAGACCCAUAAUUCAUUUACUUGACACGCCAGGAGUUCUUCCACCUAGAAUAGAGAACAUAGAGACAGGAAUGAAACUUGCUUUAUGUGGUACGGUUUUGGACCAUUUAGUUGGUGAAGAUAUCAUUGCGGAUUUUUUGCUUUUUUCGUUGAACAGACUGGAAAGAUUUAGUUAUGUGGAGAAGUACGGUCUUGGAGAGUCUUGUGAUGAUAUUCAACAUGUACUGAAGUGUAUAGCAGUGAAACUUGGCAAGACCAGACGUGUAAAGGCCAUCACUGGUGUUGGCAACAUCACGGUGCAGUUGCCAGACUACAGUGCAGCAGCCUAUGAUUUCAUCAGAGCAUUCCGAAAAGGAGAACUUGGAAAAGUAAUGCUUGACUAAUCGUAUGUUUAAUAGCAGAUUGGUAAUCAUUAUUGCAUUGAAAGCUUGACCUUCUGUCAAGACUAAACACUUGAGAAGCACCAAAUACUUUUAAUGUUUUAAUUAAAAGAUGGUGCGCAUGG